AUGGAUGUUGAUCCAUCUUGCGGGUUCUGCGGCCAGGACAUGGAAACGGUGGAGCAUAUUUUCCUCCGCUGCCCGAUUGUUGUAGCUGUCUGGUAUGGGUCUCCACUAGCUUUGCGGGUGGAGAGGUACCCGACGUUCCAUCAGUUUUGGGGAGACAUUCUACGGAUUGAUGAUGAAGAAGUGGUGGCCAUGGUCCAGUGUGUGCUAUACCAGCUAUGGGAGGCUAGGAACCGGAGUGUUUUUAACCAGCAACAUGUGAGCAUCAAUCAGCUUACUCAGAAGGUUGGGGCUUUCGCUAGUGCUGCGAUUGGAGUGGUUUCUCAUCCCCAGUCGCGUCAGGUGGCUACUGUUUGGAAGAGGCCAGCAUUGGACCAGAUCAAGAUUAAUUGUAAUGCAUCCUUUCGAGCUCCAACAGACGUGGGUCUAGGCAUGGUGGCGCGGAACUCGAAUGGGGAGGUCAUGACUUCUGCAACAUCAUCUUCUUGCUCUGUUUUAUCGUCUCUUCUUGCUGAAGCUUCAUGUCUCCGUUGGGCUAUGUCACUAGCUAUUGACUUGGGGUUCCGACAAGUGUUUUUUGAGGUUGAUUGUCUACAACUAUUCAAGGCUUGGAGGGCAGGAGUAGCUGGGAGGAACUAUUUGGCUACUUGA